AUGAGCGACGUGGUCGAUAUCUCCAACCUCGAACCCGAAGAGCGACAGAAAAGACUGGCAGAGAAACCUUUGGACUACUUCAAGCUGCUCAAGAACUGUCCUGAUGUGGUCGCGGCUCCGAUUUAUGAAGUAAGCCUUGCUUUUUUUCAAAUUUUAAAAGUUUUUUUUGGUUUUUUGUUUUAAAAUCUCUAUUUCCUUGCACCGUGCAAAAUUAUUAGCUCUGCACCGUGCAGUGCUUUAAGGUUUGCACGGUGCAAUAUCUUUUUAAACCAAAAAAUAAAAAAGCUUAAAAAUAGUAGUUAAACUGAUAAAAUUUAAAAUUUGUAGGAAGUGAAACGACGAUGGGAACGUGCUGAAGAACGUGUCAAGGAGCUGGAAGCUCUGGUGAAGGACGUGAAGUGGGAAGACGGCUCCAUCGAGGAAGAUCGCUACGAAAUUGUGAGUGAAGUCAUGGAUAAGGCCAUGCAAGGCUUCGAAAUCAACGAAGAACAUAUUGUAAGUCGAUGUUUUAAAAAGUAUAGUGUAUAGUCUAGUAAAUAAUAUUAAUAUUUUAUAUAUUUUUUAGUUUAGUCUAACGAAAAAUGGCAUUUUUGUUAGAAAAAUGUGAAUUUUUGUCCAAAACACUACCAAAUUUGGGGAUUUUUUUAGCAAAAAUGAAAUAAAAAAUCAAUUUUUAAUAAAAACUAGUACCAAUAUUGACUUUCAGGAGCGCAAAGUAAAGCUAGGCCAUCGUAUCGUGCUAGAAACCAAAAUGUUGAUAGCCAUGGGCCGUGCCUUCGACAGAGUAAAGUCGAUUCUCAAGGAUUUCUACGCUUUCCACGACGACAAGAACGCUGCCAUGUAUGAACGUGAUGAUCUUCGUCAAGAAAUCCGCCUUCUGGAUGCCUCUUUUACCGAAGCUCACACUGGAUUCCUGAAAAGCUAUUUGGACAUGGACUGGUGA